AUCCGAGUCGAGGCUCCGAGGAAACAACAGAAUAAUUACGAUUACUCUAUUGUUUUCCAGGAGCCUCUACUUGGAUUGUUUUGUGCUUGAUCGCUCAACCCAUUAUUUCUGUGUCCCCAAAGCACGUAACUAAAACUAAAGUGCUACAAACCUUAGAAAAACAACUGAGGAAAAAAAUGAAGAACGCUGUCUUCACAUUGGUUUUGUUCUCUCUUCUUCCUACAGCAUAUUUCCUCAAAUGCUACACUUGUACUGACAGUAUCAACUGCAAGACUAGAGUGAUGACAUGCCCUACCCCGCUUAACGAGACAUGCAUGACAUUAAAGAUUGGUAGCAAGAUCGGCAAAUCCUGCAGCGAAAAAGACGUUUGUCUGGAGUUGUGUAAAGGACACAGUGAUUGUGAAUUUGCUUGUUGUGCUAAUGACCUGUGUAAUGAGGGUCUUCGUGUGGAGGCUAUUGUCACGCUGAUUAUUGUUAUGCUUGGUGUUAACUAUCUUAUGUAAAAUAAAACACUGAAAAUUUGA